AUCAGGAACUUGGAUUGAGAAAGAAAGAAAAACUUCAUUAUCAGUGGUGGCGUGCAUUCUCCACUGGUCACACACAUAGGAGGGGGGGGGGGGGCACCAAGACCAAACGUCUCCAUUGCCCACUGUGUUGCUCUCAAAGUUAUCGGGAGUCAAUUUAAAGGGCAUUUGAGUCGAAAAGGACCUGGCAUCCAGAUCUGUGGAUGGUGCCAGCUAGCAGAAUGGAUGGGUAUACCAUUAUCACGACACAUCCAGAAGAGCUGGCUCCCUAUGAGCCGGAGGUCUACCGAGCACCUCCUGAAUAUUAUCAGUAUCUCAGUGACAGUGAAAGCCAUGCUUCCCUCCUAGAACAUUACUGGGAAUAUACCCCACACCUACAUGGAGAUCUUGAUGGGUUCCCCGAUUCUCAGCUUACAGAACUGCAAAGUGUACAGCCCCCACAGCUGCAACAAUUGUACAGACACAUGGAGCUAGAGCAAAUGCAUGUCAUAGAUUCUGGAAUGACCGCGUCGCAUCCGCACCUACCACUCACCCACCAGGUUUCAUAUCUCCCUCGCGUCUGUGUGUCAUACCCAUCUCCUGCACCACUCAGCUCUGAGGAAGGUGACCACGAAAGGCGCAGCCCCCCUUUGGAAGUGUCAGAUGGAGAGACGGAUCCACGAGACCCUGAUUAUGGGAUGCUUCUUGCAGAAUCAGGAAGUAAGAAGAAGAUUCGACUUUACCAAUUCCUUCUAGAGCUACUGCAUAGUGGAGACAUGAAAGAGAGCAUUUGGUGGGUAGAUAAAGACAAAGGAACCUUCCAGUUCUCCUCCAAACACAAAGAAGCCCUUGCUCACCGCUGGGGCAUUCAAAAAGGCAACCGCAAGAAGAUGACCUAUCAGAAGAUGGCCAGGGCGUUGCGUAACUACGGCAAGACUGGAGAAGUGAAGAAGGUCAAGAAGAAGUUGACAUAUCAGUUCAGUGGAGAGGUUCUGCACAAAAUGUACAAUGGGAGGAAGCACUUCCAUCAUUGAGAUUCAUACAUCUAACCUUUGGUACGAAAGACUCCAAAACUCUCUUAGGAGAAGAUAACAUUCAAUUGUAAAUAUUAAUAUUAUAGUAAUUAUUUUUUUAUUUGGCUGGCUUGUGAUUUAGCGACAAGCAACAUGCUACUAUACCAUAGAAUAAGGAGUGAGAGAACGGGUCCAAAUUUCACUAUAAUAACAAAAAGUAUUAUCAUAUCCAAAUUUUCAACUGAGAAACCCAGAAUGUGGGAAUUUUUAAUAAAAUGUAUCAAAUUGCUUAAAAGAGACGGUUCUGGACUGGUGUAUGUUUACCGUAUGAUUAUUUUUCUUAGUAUUUUAGGACUUUGGCAUCCUGAAGCUUUAGUAUUUUUUGAGGGAAAACAUCAAUUUCAAUACAAAAAUGUACAUGGAGUAAUGACAUAAAGUUCUCAAGGGUCUCGAAAAUGCCUAACAUUUGAGAACAUUUGAUGAGAUAACCCUUUUACAAAAAGUUAUUUUUUCUUCUCGAUUUUCUCCAUCUUUGAGGGGAAUUAACUAAAUAUUGCAGGGUAUAGGAUUUCCUGGUCUCCAAGACUGACAAUAUGGUAGAACAUACUCUCUGGCCAUGUACAUUUAUCAGAAACAGGUUAGUUUAAGUUCCUCUUGCCUUUAGUGGUCUUCUGAAAUACAUCUUAGUUUAUGGCCGCCUGUCCUAGUGACAUCUUCCCACUGAGGCUCUUAGGGCUGUAGGCCCCAGCUCUUAUUUGGAUGAUGGAUGGAGGGCCAUUUGUGGGUUGAUUUAGUUCUAACAAUUUCUGUUCUUUGAGGUAUUCUGAAAUAUGUCUUACUUUAUGCUCACAUGCCUUGGUGACAAGUUCCUGGCUGUCUAUCAUGGUGACAUAUUCUGAUUGAUGCUCCUAGAUGUACGGCUAUAGGCUCCAGCUGUGUAAAUCUGGCCAUAUUUUUCUUCUGGUAUCUUUUUGGCCCAGUCGGAUAAUGGUCAUAUGUAUGUAUGUACUGUUCUGAAAACAUUGCUUCUAGGGUUUUCAACAAAUUAUUGCGACAUGUCUUUGCAUAAAAAAAUAAUUGUGUCACCACUUUGAAAAAGCCAAAGGAAAUUACCACAGAUGCGUGCACCCAUUGCAGCUGUUGACGUGCCUCAGUUUGAUGGUCAAGCGUUUUGGGUGUAGAAACACAAAGAGGACAUAAUGUCCUGAAUGGUUCAUCAGUGAAGUAUAAAUAUCUAUUGGGUAUGAUGCCAUCUUUCAAUCUGGGUAUUUUAGUACAAGACUUCCCUCGGAAUUAAUCUUAAAUACUGUUUGCACAGUCCCCUCCAUAUGUAGUGUAUGGUGAUGCUCACAGGACCAUAAGGUGCCAAAUGUCUUUGUGCUUCCUCCACCUGUCAGUGAACUGGCCAGGGAUAAAAACAUUGAUUUUAUAAUAUGAAAUUAUCAAUGAUAAAUUCACCAAUUAGUGUUGCAGCGACCCCCUGAGGAGCCGGAGUAGAGGAUAGGAGUAGUAGUGUCCCUGAUGAAGUGUUGUGUCAUGGUGGAUUCCUCAGGCCAUUGCCCCGCGGGGAUCGGUGCAGUGGAAAUAUAGAACUGAAGAAUGAGGCCAGAGUUCAAUGUAAUAAAGUCUUUUUUGCUAAGUGCAGCGUAGAACUUCAAAUACAUUCAGUAGCAGAAGACUAAGUGCGAAUCUUCUCCUGCACCAGCAAGGAAUCUGGAGGUAGGUUGGUUGGUUGGUGGCAAUUCAGCACUUAGGUGAUGCUGGCCUAGUGGUUGUUUGGUGAUGGGUGGCUUGGCUGUAAUCCCUCACCUUACAGUAGUGUCUUUAAUUCUGAAGUCUCAAGGAAAAUUGGUGUAGUUCUCUCUGGAUAAUCUGUAACAGGAGCCGGAUCUCUGAAGUCAGCUUCCUAUCGUCUCUGUCUCUGGACAGGAAUUCCCCCUCUUGGCAGGGAGCAGGACCAGCUCACUCCUACCAAGAGUGGAGAAACAUGGUGGUUAACCCUAUUCCUGCCAACCAUUCCUUGCAGGGAACUACAGAACAAAGGAAACAAUUAAAUACAUUAUAUUACAAUGCACAAAUUGUAGUGCCCCCAGGUUGGAGAGUUUCAUUUUUCCAAAGAUGUGAUUUUCAUAUGCCUUUGCCUACUCCCAGAGUCUCAGUGAUGUAAAAGAUAUAUAUGCCAAAUUUCAAGAAGAUUGGAUAAUAUUUAGGGGUUGCACGCAUUGAUCAC